UGGCCGGAGGCAGCCCGUGGGCGGUGGCAGGCCCGGCCGCCCUUCCGCCCCUCCUGCCGGCGGCCGCGGCCCGACCCCCGCCCUGCCCUGCGGAUGUGGAGCCGGCGCAAGCUCUCAAAAGAUGGCAGAAAGCUGGUCUGUCGUGGAUACGUUUGAGCCUGACUUCAGGCCUCUGGUAGUAAUUGAGCUUGCAAAAGGCACCAAAGAGGAAACCAUAGAAUGGUUCACUAAACGAAUUGUGGAGAAAAAAGCAAAUGGAGGUGCACAACUGCUGGUUAAACCAUUGGUAACGGAAAAUGGAGAUGAACAUAUUUAUCUGGUUGGAGCUUCCCACUUAAGGCUGUUGCUGGGAGCUGAAACUGUGGGUUUGGUGAAGGAAUGUAAUGAUAACUCAAUGAGAACUUUUACAUACAGCAGUAGAAAAACUUUCAAAGAUUUUGCAGAUGACAAUCACAAUUUCCUUACAAUGGCAGAAUGUCAGUAUAUCAUCAAGCAUGAACUCGAAAAUUUAAGAGCUAAAGAAGAAAAAAUGAUCCCCGGAUAUCCUCAGGCAAAGCUGUAUCCAGGAAAAUCAAUUGUGAGAAGAUUAUUGACCAGUGGUAUUUUGGUUCAGAUUUUCCCACUGCAUGAUAGAGAAGAGUUGAAAAAGCUCCGUCACAGCUGGUAUGGCCGGGUCAAAGUUGGCUAUCAACCUUUAGAUGAGAUACGCUGCUACUUUGGCGAAACCAUUGCUCUCUACUUUGGCUUCUUAGAAUACUUCACAUUUGCUUUGGUUCCAAUGGCUGUCAUUGGGAUUCCUUAUUACGUGUUUGCAUGGGAAGACUAUGACAAAUACGUGAUGUUUGCUACGUUCAACCUGCUCUGGUCCACUGUGAUACUGGAAGUUUGGAAGCGGAUUUGCGCACUCAUGACGUACCGUUGGGGGACGCUGUUGAUGAAACGACAGUUUGAAGAACCAAGACCAGGCUUCCAUGGUGUCCUGGGCAUCAAUCCUGUCACGGGGAGAGAAGAACCAGUGUACUCAAGUAUUAAGAGACAGAUCCGGAUUUAUCUGGUGUCCUUACCAUUUGUGUGCCUUUGCCUCUACUUCUCACUGUACGUGAUGAUGAUUUACUUUGAUUUGGAACAGUGGGCUUUGGACUAUCACGAAGCGAAUGAGUCCAACUUCAGCAGCUUGAUGCUGUUUGUGCCCAGUAUCAUAUAUGCUGUUGUGAUUGAAAUCAUGAACCGCAUCUAUCGGUAUGCUGCUGAAUUCUUAACGUCAUGGGAAAAUCACAGACUGGAAUCUUCAUAUCAGAAUCAUUUAAUUCUGAAGGUUUUGGUGUUCAACUUCUUAAAUUGUUUUGCAUCUCUCUUCUACAUUGCCUUUGUGCUAUUUGAUAUGAAGCUUUUGAGGCAGAGCUUGGCCACUUUGCUGAUAACUUCGCAGAUCCUAAAUCAGUUUGCCGAAUCUUUGCUUCCUUACUGGCUCCAAAAGAGACACAAGAAGAGGAUGAAGAAACGCAUGUGUUCUCUGAAAACAGAUACGGACCUGUCAUUGGUGGAACAAGUCAACCUGGAGAAAGAAAUGGGCACCUAUGUUGGUACUUUUGAUGAUUACCUGGAGUUGUUCUUACAGUUUGGUUAUGUGAGUCUUUUCUCCUGUGUUUAUCCACUGGCAGCUGUCUUUGCAGUGUUAAACAACAUCACAGAGAUAUAUUCUGAUGCCUUAAAGAUGUGUAGAGUUUACAAGCGGCCAUUCGCAGAACCCACAGCAAAUAUUGGUGUUUGGCAGCUGGCUUUUGAAACUAUGAGUGUCAUAUCGGUGGUCACUAAUUGCAUACUGAUUGGAAUGUCUCCACAAGUGAAUGGCCUUUUUGCAGACUCGAAAACGGACCUUAUUCUGACUGUGGCUUUGGUGGAGCACUUGCUACUAGCGAUAAAGUUUAUCUUGGCAUUUGUAAUUCCGGAUAAGCCGAGAGAGAUCCAGAUAAAGCUGGCCAAAUUGGAGUUUGAAUCUCUAGAGGCUCUCAAACAACAGCAAAUGAAGCUGGCGGCCGAGUCGCUGAAGGAGUGACCGGGGAGGCAGGAGGGUGAUGAUGGUGGCGACCACGUGUGACCACGGGCACUUCUGGAGCCUUUCUUCAUGGUGAUGGGCAGCGCUCACAGCGUGCACUCUGCCAGCCAUUCAGUAGGUGCCACCUGCUUAUAUGACACUUGGUAAAUAUUCUCUGCCUGACACUACAAAAAAAAAAAAAGAAAAAAAGGUAUUUUUUUUUUCAUAAAGCACUCCAGCGUAUGCUGGGUCUGGCUGGAAUCUGCCAGGCUCACCCUGCUCUAAGUGAUUGAAAACAGAUCCUGUGAGCAAGCAUCCAGAAGCUGACUAGAGUUUGCAACUGCAACUUUGUAAAAGAGAAAAAAAAAAAAAAGAAAAGAAGAAGAUAGAGUAUUAUUUAAUUCGCAGCGUAUGGUCCCUUUGGGGCUAUUGCCCCUUUUGUUUCUUUAUUACAAAUCAUGUAUUUUUUUCCAAGACUGCUUAUUAGCUACUGUUUGCACAUAGCAAAUUAGAUUAAAUAUUUUAUACAUUGCAUAAUGAAAUACGUGAUUGUUCCCUAUAUGAUCUGAGAAAUAUUUGAACAUUAUUAUUAUAAAGUAUGCAUUAUAUACUCCUGCGUGCUAGUUAUCUAAAUAAGCCCCAGCUAAAAUCUUUUGAAAAGCUAGGUAAAAAACACUCAGUAGGAAACAGAUUGCUGAUCGGUAAUUUAUGAAGUAUAUUUAUUUUUUAAUUUACAUUACAUUUUGGUAUCACUUCCCUGGCCCUUGAGCUGCAGCAUUGUAUGAAUGGGUCUUUUGAUUAAUGGAUCAAUUAAACUUGAUAUGCUAGUACUCGUG